GCUGGAGGAUGCAGUGUGGCUGUCUGUCCCAAGGGCUGCCUGUCCUGUCUGACUCCUCCUGGGUAUCAGGGCUGGCCUUCCCUGACUGGGCGUACAAAGCCGAGUCCAGCCCCGGCUCCCGGCAAAACCAGUUAUGGCAUUUUAUCCUGGAGCUGCUGCAGCAGGAAGAGUUUCGCCAUGUCAUUGCCUGGCAGCAGGGCGAGUAUGGGGAGUUUGUCAUCAAGGACCCCGAGGAGGUGGCCCGGUUGUGGGGUCAGAGGAAAUGCAAACCCCAGAUGAACUACGACAAGCUGAGCCGGGCACUCAGGUACUACUACAACAAGCGGAUCCUGCACAAGACCAAGGGCAAGCGCUUCACCUACAAGUUCAACUUCAGCAAACUCAUCUUCCUCAACUGCCCGCUGUGGGACGUCCGCUGCCCAUCCCCGCUGCCGGGCGCUGGCAGCCUGUGCCACCCCCUCGCCCUGCCCCCCAGCAUGCCGAGCCAGUUGGUGCCAAGCAUGCUGCUGAGCCGGCGGGUGCUGGCAGAGCCACUGGUCUGGCACCGGGGUCCCCGGCACCCCUGGCACCCCGACAUGCUGGAGAAGAGGACGACCACCGCUGGGACCUGUAAGUGUGAGGCCAGCAAGGCUGGUGGGCAUGACAAAUGCCCAGCACGCUGCUGCCUGCACGGGCAGCGGAUGCAUCGGGUACAGGCAGGGCUCGCUGCCUGCAGGCAGGGCACGGGGUUGCAGUGUGGUGGAGAGCAGUGGGUGCCAGGUUUUUUGUGGGUGCAGGGUCUUGGCUCCACGUCCCCUCCAUGCCUGGGGGGCUCCUGUUGCCAUCUGGGGGUCCUGGAGGAUCUUUCCCACCUGGCUGCCUUCCCCCCGCCGCUGCCGGCCCUGGGCCACCCAGCACCUGCCUGGGCCACCUUCCCUGGCCACCUCCUGGUCCCUGCCAGCCACCCCCCACUGCUGCUGCCCCCAAAGCCAGGGGUCCCCAGUCACACAGAGUUCCCCACAUCGGUGCUCCUGCACCCUGGCUUCCCCCCCAGAGCUUUCUCCAGGCUCCCGCUCACAGCUGGGGGGCUGGUGCCAGAGCCCCCGUCAUCCCAGCCAGGGGAGGAAGGCAAGGAGGAAGAAGAGGAGGAGGAAGGCCAGAGUAGUGCCAUCACUGCACAGAGUGGCCCUGGGAUGAAGCUGGAGCUGAAGGGCAGGGGGACGGGCAAAAGUGCGGUGCUCCCAUCCAGCAGCUUCCCACCCGCCCAGCCCUGCGGCUGGUCCCUCCAGCCACCCUAA